CCAGGUGAGGGCAGGCGAGGCUGGGGCUAGCCCGGGUAUGGACAUUUUGCGUCUCAGCCACUGAUCUUCCAAGUUGAGUCCCGUCGGAACCCCAGAGUCGCGUCUAGAUGUGAAAGACUGAGACAAUGAAUGUUCAGAGCUCAGCCCUGAUGCCCUCCACCAAGAGCUCCAUGCAGGCACGACAAGAUAAAGAUGAUCUUUCCCACCAGCCCUGGUACCAUGGUCAGCUGUCUCGACAGGAAGCUGAAGCCCUUCUACUACAAGAUGGUGACUUCCUUGUUCGUGCUUCAGAGUCCCGUGAGGGCCACCCUGUAAUCUCCUGCCGUUGGCGAGGCAAGAUUCUACAUUUUGAGGUGUUCCAAGUAGCACUGCGUCCCAGGCCUGGUCGUCCACGGGCUCUCUUUCAGCUCGAAGAUGAGAGAUUUACCAGCAUGUCGGCCCUCGUUCACAGUUACAUGAGUCGCAGGCGCCCACUGUCCCAGGCCACAGGAGCUGUAGUCUCCAAGCCUGUGAGUCGUCAGAGGCCGCUGAUGCACGGUCUCAGUGAGGAUGUGCUCACAGACAGCCCGCCUGCAAGCAGGCCUUUCAGGCCUAGAAAGUGGAGCUCCAGCCAGCCUACAGAUUUGGACCAUUCAGGAAGAGGUGAAGAUGACACCAGACCAGCACCCCCUGCUUUUGAAUCUGCCCUAUACCGGACAAGCAGUGAACCCACAUUGCUGAAGGGCCUACCUCAUCUGGGAACUACGGCAGACAGUCUCAGAGCCUCUGAUGGACAGCUUCAUGCAAAAGCCUCCUCCGAGCCACUCCAGUCACCCUCCCUGGCCUCUGAACACUUCCCAACAUACUGCGAACUCCUCCCCCGAGUGCCCAGCACUCAGAGAAAGACUCCCAGACCAAGCUAUCCAGAGCCAGAUGUCUGGUGGUGGGAAGCCAAGGAGGAAGAGGAAGAAGAGGGGGACAGAUGCUUCAUAAGACCACAAGCUGAGGUCUCAUUUUGUCCCUCUGGCCACCCUUCCUGCCUGCUGGGUCCCCAUAAUCGGCCUUUGGACCCUGCAGUUCUGCACACUCUUAGAAACUUGUUUGUAGCACACCAUCCUGGGAGCACUGCUCUGCACCUGCUGUUGGUGGAUUGCCAGGCUGUAGGCCUCCUGGGAGUGACCAAGAGUCAGCGGAUUGCCAUGGGUGUCCCCUCUGGUCUGGAACUACUCACACUUCCUCAUGGCCAUCACCUGAGGUUGGAGGUGCUGGAGAGGAUUGAGACGCUGGCGCUGGCCGGGGCCCUGGCUGUACUGGGUUGUUCGGGGCCCCUGGAGGAGCGCGCAUCUGCUCUGAAAGGCCUGGUGGAGUUGGCAUUGGUGCUGAGGCCAGGAGAGACAGGGGACCUGCUGGGACUAGCUGGGGUCAUGGGCGCCCUGCUCAUGCCCCAGGUAUCCAGAUUAGAGAGCACCUGGCGUCAUCUGCGAAGGAGCCACACAGAGGCUGCGGUGGUCUUUGAACAGGAGCUAAAGCCUCUGAUGCGGGCUCUGGAUGAAGGUACAGUACCCUGCAACCCAGGAGAGGUUGCCCUGCCACAUGUGGCACCAGCAGUGCGCCUGCUGGAGGGUGAGGAAACCUCUGGGGCACUGGACGAGUCCUGUGACCGCCUACUGCGCAUCCUGCUUGGAGCCCGACAGGUGGCCCGGGAUGCGCCCCUGUUCCGCAGGGCAGCUGCCCAGUGCCUGCAAGGAUUCAGGCCGGACCCAGAACUACGGGAGGCACUGACCACCAACUUCCUGCGCCGCCUACUGUGGGGGAGCAAGGGAGCCCAGGCCACCAGAACUGACCGCCUACAGAAGUUCCAUCACAUCCUGAGCAUCCUAUCCCAACAACUAGAACCUCAUGACUGAGAGCCCAGCCCCCAGUCCUUUUAUACUUGAGGGACCCAAAGGAGGCUCCCCCAAGCUAUUCAAGAGGCUAUGAAAUGAACUUGGUGCCCACACCCAUCACGCCAGCACUUGGGAAGUGCAGAUGGGAGAAUCAGGAGUUCAAGAGCAUCCUUAGCUACGUAACUUUGAGGCCAGCCUGGGCUCUAUGGGGAAAUUGUUUUGAAUUCUGCACCCUCUCAGGUCAAAGCUUGUAAGAAUCUUCCUCUUAAAACAGACCCCAAGGGACUGAGAUGCAAUAGUUGCCUCCUUUUUACCAAAAAAACUACUCAAGUAUCCACAGACCAACCCUCACAGUCCAGUAUGUGCUACUCACCCUACAGCUGGGGUACCCAGAAAGUGACCACAUGGUGAACGUGUGACUUUUUAAAAUAAAGAUAUCUUAUA